AGAGCUGUGGCAUUCACCUUGACUCUAGUGAAAGUCCGACGGCCAGUCCCCUUUUGGCCUCCAACUGGGCAUCAUGAGGGCCUGUGUCCCCCUGAUAGUGGCCCUGCUAUGCGGCCUGACCUGGGCUGGAAAAAUGGAGUCGUGUGCAUCUCGCUGUAACGAGAAAUUCAACCGAGAUGCUGCCUGCCAGUGUGACCGCCGGUGUCCCCGGCACGGGGACUGCUGUGACGACUAUGAGGACCUGUGUACCGGUGAAGAGGACCUAGAAGAGGCAGAGCCAUUCCUGGAGCUGGAGGAAGAGACGGAGGAGGCCCCGGCUAGCAACUUGUACUCCGCACCCAAUUCCUGCCGGGGCCGCUGCCUAGAAGCCUUCGACAAGCACCACUCUUGCCACUGCAACGCCCGCUGCCAGGAGUUUGGGAACUGCUGCGAGGAUUUCGAGAUCCUGUGUGCCCAUGAGGGCUUCUCCCAUAGCAGUGAUGCCAUAACCAAGGAGGAGCUGCAGAGCAUCUCUGAGAAGAUCUACAAGGUGGACACCAACAAAGCCCAGAAGGAAGACGUCGUUCUCAACAGCCAAAACUGCAUCCCCCCCUCGGAGACCAGAGACCAGGUGGACCACUGCCCGGAGCCGCUCUUCACCUAUGUCAAUGAGAAGCUGUUCUCCAAGCCGACCUACGCAGCCUUCAUCAACCUCCUCAACAACUACCAGCGGGCCACGGGCUGCGGGGAGCACUUCAGUGCCCAGCAGCUGGCUGAGCAGGAUGCCUUCCUCAGGGAGGUCAUGAAGACGGCAGUCAUGAAGGAGCUCUACGGCUUCCUCCGUGACCAGAACCGCUACAGCUCGGAACAAGAGUUCGUCAACGACUUGAAGAACAUGUGGUUUGGGCUCUAUUCCAGAGGCAAGGACAAGGGGGAUUCAAGUGGCUUUGAACACGUCUUCUCAGGUGAAGUCAAAAAAGGCAAGGUCACUGGCUUCCAUAACUGGAUCCGCUUCUACAUGCAGGAGAAGGAGGGCCUGGUUGACUAUUACAGUUACAUCUAUGACGGGCCUUGGGAUUCUUAUCCUGAUGUGUUAGCCAUGCAAUUUAAUUGGGACGGCUACUAUAAGGAGGUGGGCUCAGCUUUCAUCGGCAGCAGCCCUGAGUUCGAGUUUGCGCUCUACUCCCUGUGCUUCAUCGCCAGGCCAGGCAAACUGUGCCAGUUAAGCCUGGGUGGCCAUUCCUUGGCCAUCCAGUCCUACACCUGGAACAAGUCCACCUACGGAAAUGGCAAGAAGUACAUCGCCACAGCCUACGUGGUGUCUUCCACCCAAUAGAGCUCAGAGCCAGCAAGGGGCAUGAGGGCAGUGAGAGCUCUUGCAGGACUGAGGUGCUAUCUGCUCUGGGCUGGAGAGGGGAUGGAGGAGACUGGAAGGGAUUCCCAAAUCCAGAAAUGCCCAUACGGGAAAGAAAGAAAAGAUACAAAUUAGAAAUAUGUGGAGAAACAGUUAAAUUUUUGUCCUCUAGCAUUUUGGAAAGAGCCCAGAUAGAGAAGGUGGGAGCCCUUGAUAGCUCUUUGCCCUGAUGGGAAGUGGAACCAUGAACAAGUCCUUGACCUCUCCAGGCCUCAUGUUUCUUUUUAAUGUAAAGGGAAGGGGUUUGCCCCUUUUCCUCUUUUUGGGGUUGGUAAGAGGGCAAACCUAAUGAUAUUAUUACUGUGAAGGUGUUUUCAAUCAUUCUUAGGAAGAAUGGCAGGUAGAAAUUCAAGAUUACUAUAAUGGCUGUUAUUGUAGACAGCCCUGCAAACUGCAGUUCAGCCCUAUGUUGGGGCCUCAAAGAAAGCAGUUCACAGAAAUCAAGCAGUGGGUAUUUGGUCUUUUCUAUGGUUAGAUCCUCUCAGAACAGGGUCUGGGAGAACUCUGACGCUGGAUGGAGAAGGGAGUGGAUUGGCACAGUGAGUGGGCUGGGGAGGGAGUGGACUUCUCCAGGCCUAAGUGUUUUUGCAGCCAGCUCAGUAACUGCAUCGAGAAGCUUCCUGCUUGUAGAUAUUUAGUGCAGUUACAGAGCCAUAUUUGAUCCCAAAUAGUUUCUGAAAGAGUUCCCUUCCUAGGAGGAAGAUUUUGCAUCAGAAGAAGAAAGGAACCUAUGGCUUGGUGUUAUGAACAUAACUAUUUUAAGGCUUAUCCAGCAGCCAUAAUUUGUAUAAACUCUAGAAUGGAAAACCAUGGAGAUGGAGGCUCCCUCUUUCAACCUCAAUUAUGCAUUUCUCCCCUGACCCCAUUGGGAACCAGAGGCUGUCUCACAGAGUCAGGCUUGAACUAUGGUUUAGAAGGUUUGAGUCUCCAAUUAAAGUCAUUUAAGAAAACUUGAAA